GCUUACGUGCCCGGAAGUGACGUGUAACAUCAGCAGCUUAAGCAGCAGCAGCCGCUCAAGUAAUCAUGAAGCUGGACAAUGAGGAUGAUGAUGUGUCCUUAUUCGAUGCUGAGGAAGAUUCUGCCUCCAGAAAGAGUAAAGUCAAGCAUCCAGUGGCAUCUUUCUUCCACCUGUUCUUCCGGGUUAGUGCGUUCCUGGUCUACCUGCUUUGUGGAAUAUUCGGUGGGAGCUUCAUCGCCUGUAUGGUCACCAUCAUCCUCCUCCUGUCAUGUGACUUCUGGACUGUGAAGAAUAUCACAGGGCGUCUGAUGGUGGGUUUGCGCUGGUGGAAUCAAGUGGAUGAUGAUGGAAAGAGUCGCUGGGUGUUUGAAUCUAGAAAGCAGACCAGUAGGAAGCAGUCCUCAGCAGCAGAGUCUCGUAUCUUCUGGCUGGGUCUGAUCAUCUGUCCCAUCAUCUGGGUCAUAUUUGCUUUCUCUACACUCAUCUCAUUCAAGAUCAAAUGGCUGGCGGUGGUGAUUUUGGGGGUGGUGUUACAGGGCGCUAAUCUCUACGGAUAUGUGCGCUGUAAAGUGGGUACCAGAACAGACCUGAAAAGCAUGGCCACCAAUUAUUUCGGAAGACAGUUUCUAAAACAGGCUUUGACGAAACAAGAGGAGUCUUAAAGAGGAGAGUCCUUUUAGAAUGCUUAUUUUUAAUGUAUCCAUUUAUUUUAAACAUGAUUUAAAUAAGUUAAGGGAAAUGGUUAGUUAGCUCAUCUGUGUUUAGUUUUACUUCACUUUGUCAACCACAACCAGUUCCAUAGAGUCUUCUACAGAGUAACUUCUUCAUGCAUAAUUUUCUUCUACUAAACAAACUAACUUAAAGAAUACAAAGUAUGUGUUUUGUUGUAUAAUAUUGCAUGACUUCAUGCAUUACACUUUUGAUUUGUUGACAGCGACACAAUGUACAUAUUUAUAUAAGGUUGUAAAUUAUUUUUGGGGGGAACUAAUAAAUCUUUCUCAAGUUAAAAUGA